CUGAGGCGAAGCUGUGUCACACCUGCAACAAGUCCUUGAGCAAUGGUGCAAUUCCUGCACUGGCAGCAUACAACGGUUCUCGGUAUCCACCGGAGCCGGCGAAUCUACCGGAUCUCAAUGCGAUCACAACCAGACUCAUAAGCCCUCGCAUACCAUUCAUGCAGAUCCGUCGUUUGCGUUGGAACUCUGGCACCUACACCAUCGUCGGUCAGGUCAUCAAUGUAUCUGUCGACGUAGACACCAUGGUCUCGGAUUUACCACGCGAACUCGCGGAUGAUUCCGCCUUCAAUGUUACUCUGAAGAGGCAUAUCAUACACAAGAUUACAGCGUACUAUGGUCAGGUGAAGAAGAGUGAUGUGAAAGCUUGGUUGGAGUAUCUCCAGAACAGUCCUCUAUAUCGACUUUAUGACGUCAAAAUUGAUUGGGCUCGAUUUCACAGGGAUCCGGGAGGCGAAGAACCAAUAGAAAUAGAAGGCAUUGACGGAAUCAGCGACAGCGGAGAACUACUUGCCUGUCAGCAAACAUUACUACGGAGUGAGGAGAAAUAUUUGGUCAUAGCACCAGCGCAGGGAGCCACUCCUCUCAGCCUCGCAUACGACGAGCACGCUGAAGAACUGUCGUUCCCGGCUAUCUAUUACGGAACCCCGAGGCGAUUCCGAAGCGGUGUGAAAGUCACACAAUACAUGAUUGCAACCAGUGAGAUUCGUCGCAGGGAUCGCCGAGGAGUGAAACCGGAACACAUUCUUUAAAUGGCGAUGAAAUUUAAGAGGUUGCGCUUGGCAAGGGGGCUUUACGCCACUUAUCGAAACAGCAAUGACUUGAGACGGGUGACACGACAACUGAUCGAGGACAGUCGCUUCCUCGAGCAUUGCGUCUGCAAUAAUUUCGCUUUUCUCAAGUCCAUACCCAACUCCGUGCAGUAGGGCCUCAAGGAAGGGAGAAUAUUCGCAAUGAUCAGGCAGCUGGGUAAACCCACUUUUUUCCUCACCAUGAGUGCAAACGAGAUCCGCUGUCCGCAUCUGCUGCGAAUUCUCCAUAAGCUUCGGAAUAGCACUGCGAUGGGCUCAGAGGAUCCUAUCUCCCAGUUCUCUGCCAGCUUGAGAGCCGAUCUAGCGAACGAGGACUCGACUACAUGCUGCAUUUACUUCUGGAAGAUGAUAGAGACAAUCAUGCGGAUUCUCGAAUCCGAUCGUAUCAGUCCGUUGAUCCCGAAUCGGGUGAUCGACCAUUUCUUACGCGUUGAAUUUCAGCAUCGUGGAAGUCCUCACGUUCAUGCGCUCGUUUGGCUGGAGAACGAUCCGAGAGAACAAGUCUCGGAAAACAUGCCGAAAACAGUUGAUCUGAUCAAUCGAUUGUGCCCAGUCGAUACUGUUGUCCAAGUUCAUAAACAUACGUUUACUUGUUACAAGAACGAGAGAACGCCCGGUCAAAAAUCCGGAAGUUGUCGCUUCAAUAUACCGUAUUGGCCUUCCUCGACGACACGGAUCCUCUUGCCGCUGGCCAAGGACGACGGUCGGCGCGGAAACCUCCGCAAAAAAGGGCAUGCGAUGAAGAAAGCGUUGGACGAAAAUGAGUACGAUAAUGCUGAAGAAUUCUUGUCGAGCUUCAAUCUGAAGGAUGACGAAUAUCUGAAUGUCAUCAGAGCGACCAUUCAGCGCCCGACUAUAAUCUUCAAAAGGACCAUGAAAGAUGUAUGGACGAACACUUUCAAUCCGUGGAUCGCGAACACCUUGAAAUCGAACAUGGACUUCCUGUUCAUCUUGGGGGGAAACAGCUCUGAGUAUCCCGACCAGGACUUCACGGAUCUCCUCAAAAGAAUCAGCAUACGAAUGCUCGAUGCGGUUGAGAUGACUACUCAAGAGGCAGCAUGGUUCCUUCUCAGACGACCAAUGAGCCAAGCCAGUCGAGAGAAUUUCCUCAUUGAUUGCGAGGUACCCAACAAACGGUUUGUCCGUCGCAAGAGCAAGGCACGAAUGGAUUGUGAAGAUUUGUCGCUAGAAUCGACUGAUAUCGAGACAACCAAUAUAAUUCCGAAGUAUGAAAGUCGACCCAUUGCCUUGACUCCAAUGUGCUUAGCUGAUUUCGUUGCUUUGAUGACACCUGUCAGAAACAAACGAGAUUCGGAGGGGCAUCAGCUCUACAGGGAACGGAACCGAAGUCGCAUAAUCCGAUGGACUCGAUUCGAAAGCGCUGACACCACGAAUUACAAGCGGAGCAUGGUGCUGCUCUUCUAUCCCUUCCGGAACGAGCACAAUGAUCUUCUAGAUCAUGAUAAGUUUUUAAAGAUCUAUGAUCAGCAUGAAAUGAAUAUCCAACAGAAUCGACAACUUUACGAAGCUCUUGAGAAUCUGGAAGAGAGAAUCGCGGAGCAGCACGAACUGUGGGGGGCAACAUCUUCAGAUGAUAAUGAGGUUGAGCCGCAACCCGCGGAAAAUUAUAUUCAUCAUCCAGAUGUCCUGGAACGAUUGUAUAAUGAGGACAUUCGGCGUGUACCGGUGCCUCAUUCGCUCUCCUCCGUAGUCCGGAAACGGACAAAUGUGCUAUCAUCAGCUGCUUACUGCGAUUCGAUGCGAAAAACCAACUUCGAGCAGAGGGCUCUCUUGAAACACUGUAUUACGCGGAUGCAGGACCCCACCUUACCUCCAGUUCAAAUUUUUUUGACUGGAGCCGCCGGUUGCGGCAAGACUUUCACUCUGAAACUAUUGAUGGAAACAUAUAAUCGCUUCGCGCAAACUCAUGAUACACGAAGGAACGCCUACGUUGCCGCAGCUUCGACCGGAAAGGCCGCUGUCCUCAUCGGGGGAACGACGGUGCACAACGCCUUCAACAUAUCGAUCAUGCAACGCCGGAGGGGUCUUUCUCUCAAGGCACUGCAACUGUAUCGGAACGCAUUCGCUGAUGUAAGAAUCGUCUUGAUUGAUGAGAUAAGCAUGAUCGGCUCAGGCAUCUUCCACACAAUCAACGAUCGUCUGAAGAACGCAAGCGAUCUAACAAUCCAUGCCUGCGACGCGUGCAGAUCAAUGGCCGCAUCCUUGAUGGUGGAAGCGGGACAUUGCUGUAUAGUCGGCAACAUGAAUAGCAAGCUCGUAGCCGUCGAAAAUAAGCACGAGGCAGCCUUCGUUGCGGCCAACGAAAAGGCACUUGAGGUAGAAGGAGUCGAGAAAUCACUGGCCGAAGCACAGGCAAAAGCGAGCGUCCUUGGGCUUAAACUCCUCGCGCACGAAGAAACGCUCACCACAAACAGAGCCGAACUCGAGGCCGCAAAAAAGCAAAUUUGCGGGCUGUCCGUUGACCAAGCCGCCCAGGGGGUGACUGCAGCUGUCUCGGACAUGUCCAUUGAGGAGGCCCUAGUAGUCCGACGGAAGAAAGUGUCAAAGGUGUGCGCGCUAGAAUACGUUGACGGAAUCUGCCGUAAACUACGAUACUCUGCUGGCUUGGAGUUCGACCUCUACGGAAGUCUUGCUGGGGACUACGUAUUUGGCGAGUUCAAAGUCAAACAGGAGAUGCUCAUAGCUGACGUGAUCAGCAGUGCUCGCGUAUUCUGCGUCGACUUCCCAAACCAUCAAGCCCAUGUGAUUGUCCAUGCGGGUGCGGCAGGCAUCUCUGGAGCCCUUAGCAGUACGACUCCAUGUGGCUUUGAGGAAAUAGCUGCGAAGAUCAUUGGUCCACUCGCCGAACUGAUGGCCCAGGAGGCAAACAUCCUCUCGGUAACAUGGUGCACCAUGGUCGAGCCAGCGGACGGUCACCAUAUCAGGCAGAUCAAUCAAUUGAUGAAAGCCUCCGAUCAGGUGAGGUCCCUGAGACAAGUUGAGGUCCUCGACCUUAGAAUGAUCUCAGCGAACAAGGGCUGCAUCCUUACUGAAGGAGAGGUCACUUGCUAUACCGACUGCGGACUCCGUGUACUUCGUGACUGGGUCGAGCAGACACUUGAGUUGAAAUUGGCGAUUACUUCCGACAAUUUACCAGAACUUGAGGAAGUUCGCGGAAAGCACGAAACGGAGAGGAAGGACUUCGCUGAACUUCGCGCCGCCCAGCGGAGAGAGUUCCUGAAAAGAGAGUUCCUGGUGGUAGCGACGACAGAGCGUCGCGGCACCCCAACAAACCGGGGCCAUCACGCCAAAUUCGCGGUCAUCACGGCCAACAACAACCAGCUGCUCCAAGCCAAGCAGUAA